AUGGAGUCUAUCGAGCCUGCUGCCCCCGACCCCAACUGGCUGCCUCCGCAGCGGAGACAGACCACAGCGCGACUAGUGGCGUACUGUGGCUUCGGAGGCGAUGAGGCCUUCGCGGAGGCGGCCGUUGCAGGCAUGCCAGAGCGGCGCACACUGCUCUCGCAGCCCACCACUCACGACACCAACGACGACUUCUGUCGGCAGUGCGGCGGCGGCGGCGACCUGCUGCUGUGCGACCGCUGUGACCGCUCCUACCACAUGUACUGCCUCGACCCGCCGCUCGAAGUCGCGCCUGAGGGAGAGUGGCACUGCCCGGCGCACUCGUCGACGCGGCGCAACGUCAACAAGGAGCUCUCCGCGCUGACUCGCGAGACGGACGCCAAGGCGCAGUUUGGGCAGAGCUACCGGCAGCCGCGCGUCGACGCCGCCCGCUUCCAGGCCACGUGUCCGCCGCUCCUCACGCCGUCCGAGCGCGCCGCCGCUCCCAACGGGGACGCGAGCGCGCCGCUCUGGCGUCCCGGCUGCGUCUCCGUCCCCGCGCUCGUCGACUUGCUCGCCUUUGGCCACCGGCUGGUGAGGCGCGAGUUUUCGUCGGCGGCGCGGUACAACGAGGGGCUGAUGGUGCACCUGCACCUGUGCGGGUACGAGACGCUGGAGGCAAAGUACGCGCUGCUCGCCGCCGCGAAGCUCAUCGCGGCGCUCCCCGCCGAGCAGCGCGAUGCCGACGAGAUGGCGCGGCUGCUCGCCGAGGCGGAGGCGAGUUGGGAGGCCGACCGCUCAAGCGGCGUCGCCAGCUGGGUGCGCGACCUCGACGCGGCCGUCGCGGGGAGUGAGCUCUCGCUCGAGCGCGUUGGCGAGCUCGUCGCGGCCGGCACCGCCGCGCUAGGCGUCGACGCGUCUCUCUUUGGCGUCACGGGCCGCGACGCCGCCCCGCCGCCGCUCGAGCCGCCGCUCGCCCGCCUGAAGCUUCUCACCGCCGAGCACUGCGCCGCCAAGCGGUGGCACCGGAGGCACGGCGCGGUCCUGACCUCGCAGCAGCCGCUCGCGCAGAUGCGCGCCGCGCUGCGCGAGGCGGACGCCGCGGAUCCGCCGCUCCGGCUCGCGGAGGCGCGCGCGCUGCGAACGCGGCUCGAGCAGGCCGAGGCGUGGCUCAGGGCCCCCGAGGCGAGCCUGGCACCCGAGGUGGCGGCGCUCCGCGCGCGCGUCGCCGCGAGCAAGCGCUGGAUGGCGCGCGUGCACGCGGACCUGCUCCGGCGCACGUCCUCGCGCGGCAAGGCCUCUGCCAAGCUGACCGAGGCGGAGGCAGAGGCGCUGGUGCGCGAGGCGGCGGAGCUGCACCUGCGCGCCGAGGAGACGGAGCUGGUGCGCGCGCGGCUGAGCGAGGCGGCGGCGUGGAAGGCGGAGGUCGGCGCGGCGCUGGGCGCGACAUCGGGCGUCGGCGCGCUGCAGCAGAUGGAGCGGCUGCACGCGCGCGGCGAGCAGGAGCUCAAUUUGGCGCUCAACGAGUUGGGCGUACUCGAGGCGCGCGUCGGAGAGAGCCACCGCUGGAUCGAGAGCGCAAAGGCGGCCCUCGAGGGGUCGAGCUGCAGGGAGCCCGCCGAGCUGGUGGCGCUGAUGGGCGAUGGGCGGCGGCUCGGCCUCGCGCUCCCCGAGAUGCAGCAGCUCGCGCAGUCCCUCAAGGAGAGCGAGUGGGCGGAGCAGGCACAGGCGGCCGUCGACGAGGCGACGACCCUCGAGGUGCUCGAGGCGCUCUCGGAGCAGGCGGAGCACCAGCCGACGGGGCGGGUGUCCGCCCUGGCCGAGGCGCUCGCCGCAAAGGUGGCGCGCGGGCGCGAGUGGUCGGCCAAGCUCGAGCGCGAGAUGGCGGAGGAGGAUCGGACCUCGCUGCGCGACGCGGCGGCGAUGGUGUCCGAGGUGGAGGCGGCCAAGCUCAAGCUGCCCAAGCUGGGCAAGCUGCGCGAGUGGGUCGCCCGUGCAAAGGCGUGGCAGGACAGCGCGCGCAAGGUGCAGGCCAAGCAAACGCGCGGCGCGAGCCAAAAGCCGGCGCUCUCCGAGCUCGAAGCGAUGCUCGCGGUCGGCCUCGAGCUGCCGCUCGACGUGCCCGAGGCGCCCCUCCUCGCGAGGCAGGUGCGCGAGGCGUCCGACGUGGAGCGUUGCGCCGAGACGUUGCUCGAGGCCGCCGAGGAGGUCGCGUCCGAAAUGGACGAGCUGCUGCUGCGCGCGAGCGGGCUCAACGUCUCGAUCCCGCUCACCGAGGUGCUGCGUGUCUGCCGCUGGAGACUCGCGCUGCGCGCCGCGCGUGCCAAGCCGCAGCUUGCGGAGCUGCAGGAUCUCAUCAAGCAAGGGCGCCAGCUCGGCCUGUGCCACGACGAGUCGUCGCCGCGCUCGCUGGGCGAGAUGCGGCGCGCGGGCGCGGAGCUGCGCGUGAUCGGCGAGCUGGUGGCGCAGACGGAGGCGUGGGAGGAGGAGGCCGAGAAGAUGCUCUCGUCGGAGCGGGUGAGGGUGGAGGAGCUGGAGGCGCUGCUGCGGAGGGGCGAGGCGCUGCCGCUCGCGAGCGACGCGCGCGACUACUUGGCGGCGGCCUACUCCGACGCGCAGCGGUGGGAGAAGGCGGCGCGGGGGCUCGUGGGGAGCGACGCGCGCAUCGAGGAGGUGCAGAAGCUCCUCAAGGAGUACGUCAAGGGCAACUUGCACUCGGACGCGAUGGAGGAGCUUCGGGCCCGCGCGCGCGAGGGCGAGGCGUGGCUCCGCGAGGCGCGCGACCUGUUCGACGACUGCGGCAUCGAGCUGCCGGACCUGACGGCGGUGCUACGCUCCGACCAGGCCGACCUCUAUUGCGUCUGCCGGCAGCCCGACGACCUGCAGCGGCUGAUGCUCGCCUGCGACACGUGCGAGGUCUGGUACCACAUGCACUGCGUCGGCGUGCCGCCCGCCAAGGCCAAGCAGUUGGCGGCGUCCAACGACGAGUUUGAGUGCCCGGCGUGCGCGCGCAAGUCGGGGAAGCCGUACCCCUUCUCCGCGCGCGUCAAGAAGGUGCCGCCCAAGAAGACGCCGCGCGCGUCCGAGGUUGCGGAGCUGCUGCGCAAGGCGGACCAGCUGCGCGUCUGCGUCGAGGAGGCCGCCCUGCUGCGGGACGCGCACGCCGCGUGCCUUGAGUGGCACGCGAAGGAGGCGCCGAAGCUCCUCGAUGCGCUCUCCGCCACCACCCCCGCCGCCGACCCGGCGGCCGACGGCGCCGGAGACGGAGACGGCAAGCUCUCGACGGCGUGGGCACGAGUGGGCGGCGGCGCGCUCGCGCGCGGGCUCUACGACGACGGAGAGGCGUACCGCGUCGAGCCCGAGCUCAUGUCGCUCCUCAAGGCGUGGCGCUUCCGCCACGUCAAGGCGGACGUACACGCCGACGCGGCGGCGCUGCUCGAGAUGUCGCUCGGCUGCGCUGAGACCAAGCUCGAGGCGAGCCCUCCGGGUGCGGCCGCUGCGCCCGCGGUGCUUGACCUCGCCGUCGAGGAGGGGGUCGCCGAGCCGCAGGAGGAAAGCGGGCCGCGUGGCGCGGCCGGCGGCCACGCCAAAGCUGCCGCCGCGCAGCCGGCGUUGGAGGAGGCGGGCGAGCCCGGUUGCGGGCGGUGGCGGCCGUUUUACGAGCGCGAGAUGGCGAGCCUCGCGGAGGACGUGGCCGCCUCGCGCUUCAUGCUACGGGAGGCGGAGGCGUGGAAGCACGACGCGGCCAAUUUCGCCAAAUCGUCCGUGCCGGUCGACCCCGAGGCCCUCGCUUCGCUGCUGGGCCGCGCGCGUGCCUCGUCGCUGCGGCUGCCGCCGAUGCCAGCUUUGGAGGAGCGGGCGGCCAAGGUGGGGCGAUGGGCGGCGGCAGUCGGCUCCUUGCUCGAUGACGCUGCGGCCCGCGCCGCCUCGGGCGCCAGCGGCGUCCCGAUCGACGAGGCGACGCGGCUGCACGCCGAGGCGCUCCGCUUGCGCGUCAAGGGGGCGAGGUGGGAGGCGCUGUUGGCGGCGUUUGCGUCGCUGCGUGACGGGGUGGAGGAGGUGCGCACUUCGCUCGUCCACCACGUGAGUGCGGCCGCUGUGGCGGACGCGAUCGCGGUAACGCGGUCGUCCGGCAUUUUCCUCACGGCCGAGGAGCCCAUUUUUGUGGACUUGCUGGUGCGGCUGCAGCCGGCGCCGCUGCUGGCCGGGCCGGCUAUGGCCAGCACGGGGGGCGGCGCGACGAUUGCCGCGCCGCAGGUGAUCCACGCCAACGGGACGUCGGCGCGCCCGAUGCAGAUGCCCGGGCAGGUGGCGUGGACGGCGGCGCCGGUGCCGCAGUGCUACGUCCUCCAGCCCCACGAGGUUCAGAUGGGCCUGCUCGGGCCGCCGCACGCGCAGCGGCACGUGUGGGCGCAGCACACGCCGCGCUCCGCGACGGGUCUACACGGCAUGUCCGCGCGGAGCGUGGGCGGCGCGCGGCUGAGGGUAUACUACGAGGAGGACGGGCGGCUGGUCGGCUACCCCGGUUCGGCCGAGUCGGUGGACGCCUCCAAGGGCCUCAAGGUGCGCCUCGACGGCUUCUCCAAGCGCGAGUGGGUGACGGACGACGACGAGUGGGAGUGGAUCGACGGCGCAGUCGGCGCUGACGGGACGCGCCCGCUCGAGCACUAUCUCGGCAGCGUGUUGCGGCAGUACAUCGGGGCGGGCAAGGCGGGCAGGGGCAAGAAUAUAGCCGCCGAGGCGCCCGCUGGCAAGCGGCGCAAGCAGUGA